AUUGUUCUGAUGCUGUUCUUCAGUAACUCUGCUGCCUCUGCCUGCCUAUUCAGCAUUUGCCUGUUAACGGGAAGCUCUUUCUGGCUCCCAACUGAAGCUCUCUGAGGCCAGCAGCCGCCAUCAAUGUUCACAGAGUGCAGGCAGGCAGCCAAAUGAGCGGGAAUUGGGUGCACCCAGGCCAGAUCCUAAUUUGGGCUAUCUGGGUCCUUGCAGCCCCCACCAAAGGGCCUUCUGCUGAAGGGCCACAGAGGAACACCAGGCUGGGAUGGAUUCAGGGCAAGCAAGUCACCGUGCUGGGAAGCCCUGUGCCUGUGAACGUGUUCCUCGGAGUCCCCUUUGCUGCUCCCCCGCUGGGAUCCCUGCGAUUUAUGAACCCGCAGCCUGCAUCGCCCUGGGAUAACUUGCGAGAAGCCACCUCCUACCCUAAUUUGUGCUUCCAGAACUCAGAGUGGCUGCUCUUAGAUCAGCACAUGCUCAAGGUGCAUUACCCCAAAUUCGGCGUGUCAGAAGACUGCCUCUAUCUGAACAUCUAUGCGCCUGCCCACGCCGAUGCAGGCUCCAAGCUCCCCGUCUUGGUGUGGUUCCCAGGAGGUGCCUUCAAGACUGGCUCAGCCUCCAUCUUUGAUGGGUCCGCCCUGGCUGCCUAUGAGGACGUGCUGGUUGUGGUCGUCCAGUACCGGCUAGGAAUAUUUGGUUUCUUCACCACAUGGGAUCAGCAUGCUCCAGGGAACUGGGCCUUCAAGGACCAGGUGGCUGCUCUGUCCUGGGUCCAGAAGAACAUCGAGUUCUUUGGUGGGGACCCCAGCUCUGUGACCAUCUUUGGCGAGUCCGCGGGAGCCAUAAGUGUUUCUAGUCUUAUACUGUCUCCCAUGGCCAAAGGCUUAUUCCACAAAGCCAUCAUGGAGAGUGGGGUGGCCAUCAUCCCUUACCUGAAGGCCCAUGAUUAUGAGAAGAGUGAGGACCUGCAGGUGGUUGCACAUUUCUGUGGUAACAAUGCGUCAGACUCUGAGGCCCUGCUGAGGUGCCUGAGGACAAAACCCUCCAAGGAGCUGCUGACCCUCAGCCAGAAAACAAAGUCUUUCACUCGAGUGGUUGAUGGUGCUUUCUUUCCUAAUGAGCCUCUAGAUCUAUUGUCUCAGAAAGCAUUUAAAGCAAUUCCUUCCAUCAUCGGAGUCAAUAACCACGAGUGUGGCUUCCUGCUGCCUAUGAAGGAGGCUCCUGAGAUCCUCAGUGGCUCCAACAAGUCCCUUGCCCUCCAUCUGAUACAAAACAUCCUGCACAUCCCGCCUCAGUAUUUGCACCUUGUGGCUAAUGAAUACUUCCAUGACAAGCACUCCCUGACUGAAAUCCGAGACACUCUUCUGGACUUGCUUGGAGAUGUGUUCUUUGUGGUCCCUGCACUGAUCACAGCUCGAUAUCACAGAGAUGCUGGUGCACCUGUCUACUUCUAUGAGUUUCGGCACCGGCCUCAGUGCUUUGAAGACACGAAGCCAGCUUUUGUCAAAGCUGACCACGCUGAUGAAGUCCGCUUUGUGUUCGGUGGUGCCUUCCUGAAGGGUGACAUUGUUAUGUUCGAAGGAGCCACGGAGGAGGACAAGUUACUGAGCCGGAAGAUGAUGAAAUACUGGGCUACCUUUGCUCGAACCGGGAAUCCUAAUGGGAACGACCUGUCUCUGUGGCCAGCUUAUAAUCUGACUGAGCAGUACCUGCAGCUGGACUUGAACAUGAGCCUCGGACAGAGACUCAAAGAACCGCGGGUGGAGUUUUGGACCAGAACCAUCCCCUGAUCCUGUCUGCCUCCGACACGCUCCACAGUCCUCUUUCUUCCUUAACUUUCCUCUCUCUCCUCCAGCCUUUCUUUUUCUCUUGUGCUCCUUGAGAAGUUAUCUUUCUGUGAUUUUGGUUUCCCUUCUCCUCCUAUAAUUUCUCCCGCAAUCAUUAGCUUCUUUCUGAGCUCAGCUGCUUUCUAUGGGGAUCUUUGCAAAACAAGCUGCUUUCGCUGAUAUUUUAUGGACUUAGGAAUGAUCCUUACAGAAUUCUUUUCAACAUCAAAAAGUGCAAUUUGUCUUGGAAGGCAACAAGAUUUCUUCAAUAAAUUUGGAAGAGGGCUGGCC